AUGGCAAACGAAGGAGCAGCAGGUGACGCCCUCACCACCAAAAGUCGCGUCCUCGAGACCGCCGCCGGAGUAAUCCAGGACUUUCGGCCCGUGAAAAGCAUCUGCGCUCAUCUAAAUGCAUUCCACGUAUAUGCCUCUGAUCCAACGAGAGCUGUUGAAGCGAAUCAUUAUUGCGCGCACAUCACUGAAGAUAUCAGACAAUGCCUCCUCUACGACUCGCCCGAACCCAACGCCCGCCUCAUAGGCAUCGAAUACAUGAUCACCCCGAAAAUCUACAACACCCUCCCGCAACCCGAACGCGAACUAUGGCACUCUCACGUCUACGAAGUGAAAAGCGGUAUGCUAAUCAUGCCCACACCCAACGGCGUCCCAAAAUCCGUCUGGCAAAAGGCCGAAAACUCUGAAAUGAAGGACAUAAUCCCUUUAUAUGGGAAAGCGUAUCAUUUGUGGCAGGUAGAUAGAGGCGAUACAGUUCCCUUGGGUACGCCGCAGUUGAUGGGUAGUUUUGGAAAUGAUGAGAUGUUGGAGAAGGUGCAUCCGGAGGGGAAGAAGGGGCUUUUGACGGAUAGGGAUGGAAGGUUUGGGGCGGAUUAUGAGGCGAAUGCGAAGUCGAGGAGGGAUAUCGAGGAGCCUGAGAUACAUCCUGACGCCGAUGCUAUGAUGCGCAAGCCUGUUGCAUCGUGA